AUGUUUCACAAGGGCGAAAGCCAUAAAUGUGAUCCGUGCAGGAAAUCCAAUGAGCUUCAUGAUAAAAGGCACAGAGAAAUCGCCAAUCUCAUGUUGCAGCUUCAGGAGUUAGACGAUGAGGGAUAUGACUCUUUCAAUUCUAGCUCUGAGGAACUGAGUCUGUCAGAUCUCCAACUCUCAGACGAAAGUGAUGAUAGCACUGGCUCAGACGAGAAGCUUCCCAGAGUUCAGUCUGGAACACCUCAAACACCACCUAAUAGACAAAUAAUUCCAUCGACACCCGCGGCCCCAAGGAAAAAUAGCACCUUAAGGCGAGACUCGUCAGUACAUUCCUUCAAGAAAACGGUUUUCGACAAGAGGACAGGGUCUUUUCAUUUUAACAGAGCCCGACCGAUAUCAAAAGGCCCUCCUGCCUGGCAAGACAAUGCAGUGUUCGAAGAAGCCGACAAUGUCCCCAUCUCCCCAGUUUUAAAGACCGGGGUCAAUGGCCGCAAACCCAGUUUUGCGACUACACACUUAAAGAAUAUGAUGGCCAAAGGAACAGGGACUGCCAAAGGGUCCGAUAGGAUUGCUGUCCAGCUUGCCCCCAGCUGCGGGUCGCAGACGCCCGCAAAAUCUAGGCGUGAGGAAAAAAAGGCUCGCAAAUACGAGCGGUCGACAAGCAGAGCACUCAGGCGACAGAGUAUGGUCUGCUCAUCCAAAGUCAUUACAAAUGAAUUAAUAGAAAAGGUGAGCAAAGCAAUCCACGGCUCAUGCAAAGCACUAUCGUCGGUAACUCCAGAGGAAGGCAUGGAAGUCUUCAUGGAGAGCCUCUCCAUACAUCAACAAGUUCAGAAAAAGCUAGCACAAAUAAAGUCUGGUGAUGGAUCAAGACCCGAGCAGAGAUACGAAGCUUUGAUAGCAGCCAGGUUAAAAGUCCCGUAUAUUCGAGACGUCUUGGAUCAACUCGGUGUUCAGCCAAACGUCCCGAACGAAAAUAAACAGCGCAAGGCACUGAUAUACAGAAUAAUGGACGCAGUUUUAGUCGACCUUGAGCUUCUCGCUAAUGAAGCAAGAGAGACUCUGAAACGAGCUGGUGGAUAUUGGCGUUUCGUCAACAAAAGAACAUAUCUUGCCAUGAUACAAAAUAACAAGGCAAUUAGCUGGGAGACCGGGGAGAAGAUUAAUGGCAAGGAUGCUGACUUCUCCGAAGAAUAA